AACCAACGGUCAGGAUUCGUCCACGAACGGGUAAACCCGGCUCGAGCCGAGACCAACACAAAUCCAACCCGACCACCACCGCGCCACGCCACGCCACGACACGCCGCGCCGCCGCGCCGCGCCGCGCCGCCCGCCCCCCGCCGGCGACCAUGUCCUUGGCGGCGACCUUCGUGUUCCUCCUCGUCUCGGCGCUGCAGAUGCUCGACCAAGUCCUCGAUCUCGUCAAGAAGAGGGGAUCGAUUACUGAUGACCAGCUCAAGCUACGGCUAGAAAUCACGCAGAUUCUCAAGGAGGCUAGUGCACUAUCCACGCCCUCAACGUUUGCACAAGCCGCAAAACUCAAGCGGCUGGCUGCUGCUAAAGAAAAGGAACUGGCAAAAUUGCAACAGCAGGACAUCAAAGGGAAGCAGUCUUUAUACAACCAAUACGGACGAGUUAUGUUGUUUUCCAAGGUUCUAAUCUACGGCUUGCUCAUUCUGUGGUUUUGGAGUGCUCCUGUAACUACUGUUCCCAAACAUCUUCUGCAACCUUUUGGACGGAUGUUUUCCUGGAGAGGUGUUGAUGCUGCCACAGGCCGUGUUGUGGUUGGAAUUAUCCCAUGGCUACUUUUAACCUCUCGUGUCAGCAAGUUAUUGUGCCAGAAACUUGCCCCUAUAUUUCUGCACCCAUAGCUCCUUUUGAAGAGUUCGAUUUGCUCACUGUGGUUUUCAGUUUUGUUCUUACAGUUUUAAACUGUAGACUUUCUACAUGUAGCUAUGCAACAUCAUGGUUCCUAUGAUGCCACUUCCUGUAAAAUUUUGUUGCGCCUAUCUGCAUCCACAGCUCCUUCUCAUAGUGUUUCUUUUUUUUAACCAUGUUUAUAUUUUGCAAAUUUACACACACUGCAUGGCUGCCUGUGUGGCACAUUGUGACUUCCUAAAAGAGUUACUGGUGCGACUAUGCCCCUAGUUGAUAUAUCUAGAAGAGUAUGUUGUAGUUGUAGUAGGUAUAUUUCUUUUGUUUAGCAUUUACUUAUUGCUUAGUUCAAAAGGCUUAAGUAAUGCAGUGUAAAAUUCCACCCUGGUUGUGUCGGUUGGAAUAUGAGAUUACAGCCCAUCAUCAAUCUUACUGGGAUUUCAUUUUUCGUUUUCCUCUCAUGGAAUCAAUUUCUUAUACAAUUAUACUUAUGUUCUCUAUC